GUUCGAGUAAAAGACACGCGAUAAGUUGCGUAGAGUGAUUUAAACGAGAUGGACAAAAUGUUAGUGUGUUGCAGAACUGCCACCUUACCCCUUCUGCCAAGGUUGUGAGAGAGUCGGUCGCCACACACGCUCUCACACACACACACUCACACACGGAUCGAGGCAGCUGAGGCAGGGAGACUCCAGCAUUUCCUCAUCCCUCCUUGAGCGAGCUGGUCGCCAGGGACUUCUUACCUGUGAGCCGACUGACCACUCCACCGAGUGAUCCCACCAGGGACGCACGUGUCCUCCUCCUCCUCUCCCUCUUGUACACAAAAAGAGAGAGAGAGAAAAGAAAAUCGUCACAGUGAUCUAUCUUACGUUUGCGACCAAUAGUGGGAUCCAGUCUGUACUAGUGUGUGGUGGAGAUAGUAGCAGGAGCUGGUGCCGCUCCCCCAUACACCUAGCGUGGUGGGGCUGUGAACGUUGGACACAAGACCUGACUGACCUGGCAGUUCCCCGCAGCUAAAGUGUGUGUGUCCUGGUGAUCCUCGCAGCAAAAUUCUGGAGCGAGGAUGCCGUCCAUUGGCGCUGGCAGUGUGGAUAUUCGCUCCAUCUUGGGGAGUGUUCUAAACGCUAUCAAGACCAGAGCCAACCAGAUAUGUGCUGCCACCUGCGACGGUCUGGUGCUGAGGAUGCACUACCGCUGGACCUUCUGUCUCCUGCUGGGGGGCUUCCUUACCGUCUGGUACUCCUGGUAUCAUCGCGACGUCAUCACCUGCGUGUCGCACUUCAACGCUGAGACACAAGUCCGUCUCGACUACAUCAACAUCUGCCUCUCUUACCCUUAUGUAGAAGAGAAUGGCUCCAGGAGGUAUUUACUCUUCUACCGCUGGAUAUCUUGGUCGCUCCUCGUCUUAGCUGGAGUAUAUUACAUCCCACGAAAGGUAUCCAAGAACUUCGACAACGCGAGGUGUAAGAAACUGCUGGAAGACCUUGCUGCCAACGCUCACAGAUAUGACCAAGCAGAGAGAGAGUUGGUGGAGAGAGCAGCAAGAUAUAUCAUCUUUAACCUCAAGACUCACAACGGCCUCUACUGGAAAUAUCUCGGAGUCAAUGUCUUAGCGUUAGUUGUUGACCUUUUUGCUAUGCAGUACAUGGACUUCAUUCUUCAGGGACGGUUUAUUGCAUAUGGUUUCAUGUCCUACCCAUUCGACAGAGAUCCACAGAAAUUCACAGAUUACAUGUCUCAAACAUUCCCUCCAUUUGCCUCUUGCGAACUUUCUGUCGAGAACCAGUUGGUAAACAAACGUACUGAGAAGUUCGGUUGUCACCUCACCAUCAUGGAGCUGUACGAGAAGGUGUUCUUGUCCCUGUGGUUGUGGUUGAUCGUCCUGACCUUCAUCACCUGCUGCUACAUCAUCUUCCUCCUCUGCAUGUGGCUUCCAUGCCUGCGAGUUUACCUGCUACGCACUGCCAAGCCUAUCCAUGCCAGCGAGAACGUUCGAAAGAUUGUACAUGAAGUGGCGCAAAACUGCAAAAUUGGCGACAUUUAUCUUCUGUAUCGUAUCAAGGGCCACCUCAGUCAUGCCAGAUUCUACGAGCUGAUGACAAGAUUGGCAGAUCCUUCUUUGUUCAAUAAGCAGAUUCAGCAGGGCCCACCUGGAGUACUUCCAGAUGGCAAGGAAAAGAUGCCACCAAAUAAGCAGGCCGAUACCCUGAGGAAUCGUCGUCCAAACAUGCCCCAAGACCCACCAGUGAAUCCUGAGUACCUGCAUCAGCUCCUGGCUGGCAACCCGGAGAUGAUGGGCAGACACCCACAGCAUCCUGACCAGCGUACCCCAUUAUUAAAGAAAAACACCAGCAUUCUAAUUGAAUAGUCAUAUGAUCUACAAGUCGUCACUGAUAUGCUACGGUUGUCAUGGGGUUUAAUGUCAUAUGACAAUCUGAGUGCCAGGGUUGGCGUUGUCCCACAGGUGACUCCUGGACCUUGAGGUGUUAUGCCAUACCCCUGGAAACUUGUGCUACAGUCCAGUGAAGCUUGAAACGUGUGAUCUGGUGAUUAUCUCUUGUGUUUCACCGUCUGACGUUCUGAUAUCACUGUGCGUAAAAGGGAUAGUGAUGCUGAGCCUUGUUGCUCGCUUUUUAAAUAAUGUAGGUAAUAAAUUUGUUGACAAUUUAUACACAAAAUCUGCCUAAAUGGCCCGCUGCCCUCUCCCAAGUGCUGCUAAGUAUCUCUCUGUAUUAAACGCGUUUGAACAUCAAGAUACCACCAGCACAUACUACCCUUCAGGUGGUGACGGGGGCGAUCGUCUCCCUCUCAGCUACAGACAUUCAAGAAUAACUGUGUUUCAAAAUAGAACAAUCAAGAGGAUUAUGUUCUCAUUUCAUUUCUCUUAUGACUCAGUACUUGGUACACGAAACAAAAAAAUAAAUUUUCUCAUUGCUUCCAUUACAGCACUUUUAUGUAUUAUUAUUGUUGGCAAGAAAUUUUGUAACUGUAAAUCAUCAUUAGAUUUCAAAUGUAAUCACUUAUGUUUAAAAGUUAAUUUUCUGGUAAGUUUGGAAAAGAAGAAUAAAAAAGAUCUUAUCAUGAACCAUUUACGGCGAACUUUAUGUUCACUGUUUAACUUCUUUGUAAGUUAUUUAUUACAGUACAUGUGUUAGAGGUGGUGAAUCGAUGCGAGUUGGAACGCACAUUCGCGUGAGCCAAGUUGUCUCACCUUGCAGGCAUUAAGUGAUAAAUUGUACAAUCAGCCAAUUUGGGAAGCUUCUGCGACGGCUUCCAGCAGGAGGCUACUCCUGAAGAGUGUGUGGGGGGGAUGAAGUCGUCAGUGAUCCUAGCACCAUCCCCUGGUCAGUUAUCAUAGCACCUUCCCCCUUGUCAGUAGUCCUAGCACCAUCCCCUUGUCAGUUAUCCUAGCACCAUCCCCUUGUCAGUGAUCCUAGCACCAUCCCCUUGUCAGUUAUCCUAGCACCAUCCCCUUGUCAGUUAUCCCAGCACCAUCCCCUUGUCAGUGAUCCUAGCACCAUCCCCUUGUCAGUGAUUCUAGCACCUUCCCCUUGUCAGUAGUCCUAGCACCUCCCUCGACUCUGCCUCCACACAUUCCAGCUACAUGAUUGGUGGGCUUCCAGGGCCUUGCAUCUUGGUCUCCUGCCAUAACUGAGACGCAGUGAAUCCUUUAACUUCUUGAGUUGGCGUACGAUGCAGCUUCUGUUCGUUUUCUUAGAAUUCUCUAGUAUUUUAAAGAAUUUAUAAGAAAAUCUUUUGCGACUGUUUCCUUUUAUGAAUCAGUUCAAGUUGAUCACUAUCUAUCGCUCGUCUUUAUCUCUUUUAUGUCAUGCUCUCUCUGCCUCUCAAUCGAUCUGCUUUUCUUUUUAUCUCGUGUAUUCAAUUCAUUAUUAGUAAUUUAAAGUAAGUAAAUUUUCUGGUUAUUUUGGUUAGUUUUAAUCCUCAAGAGGCUUGCGUUAAAGGAUGCCUUUGGCAAUUGGAAAUUAGUUUUCAUAAGUGUUUUAAGUGCCUUAACACACUCCAUCAACAUCAAUUAUAAAGCUGUGAUAUUUCCACUAGGUUUAAGUGAUAUUUUAAAACUGGGUUCUGAUGUAAUUAUUAUUGUUCCCUUGAGCUCAGUAAAUGCCAAAUGUUACAGUGUGUGGCAUUUCCUAACAUGCACUGUUUACAGGAUAUAAGAAAUUGUGUACUUUGUAUGACUUUUAAUAAAUAAGACUUUUGUAA